AUGAUUCAGGUGCCUCAGAGAGGACCAGGAUGCCAACAUUUCAUGACCUGCGCCAUGUGCCUGACGGCGCCAAAGUUCAUGGGCUGCGGCUGGUGCUCCGGAGUGUGCUCGUGGGAGAGCGAGUGUCACAGCCGCUGGAGGAACGAGUCCUGCCCGCCCGGGAUCACUGGGUUCUUUCCACGGACUGCUCCUCCUGAUGGUCAAACAGAGCUGACGGUGUGUGGAUGGGAGUUCCAGUCGCCCAUAAGACCCGCUAUCACCUCCAGGACCCAUCAGAUCCGACUGGGACAGACGGCCUGCACUGUGCUUUCAGCCAAAAGCAACAACACGCACCUCGUGUGUAAGAUUCGCUCUGGGGCCACUGAGCUGUCCAAACCAGUCAACAUUACAGUGGAAGUCCACGAGGGCAAGGUGGAGGGGCGCUACUCUAUUGACGGGAAGGCCGAAAUGCCAGGGUUCACAUUCGUGAUUCCCAACAUCACAGAAAUCCAGCCCAACUACGGGCCUCGAGCCGGGGGGACGCUCAUCACAGUGACUGGGCCUCACUUGAAUGCUGGAAAGACCAGGAAAGUCACUCUUAAUGAUGUGCCCUGCCCUAUAAAGAGAGUCACAAAACCCAAAGGCAACGUGUCUUCUAUCAUCUGUCUGUCCCAGCCCAUCUCAGAGGUGAGGGAUGUUCCUCUGAGUGUUUUCAUCGACAAGUCUCCUGUCCUCACUACAAAGGUGUUUUACUACAAAGAAAACCCCAAGAUUACAGCUGUUCUUCCUGACUGUAGCUUUGACAGGGGUUCAAAGAUCGUGAUUGAAGGAGAGAACUUGGAUUCUGUUUAUCGCACCGUCAUCCGCUUUAAACCCAAUGAGAGCCACCUGAAACCAGUCACAAGGGAGUGCAUAGGCAAGUCCUUGCCCACAAGGAUGGAAUGUGUCACUCCUGUGUUUCACAGGGAUGAGACGGAGGAAGGAGAGCUUUCGUUUGACAUGGACGGAUCACUGGGUCUUUGGAACAAAGAGUUCUCCUAUCACCCCUACGGUGAGCCCAUACCGUUUGAAACAGAGGGACACGUGCUAAGUUUGUACCCCGGCUUUGAUGAAGUGUCACUACAUCAUCAAAAGCUGAACCUGGUGAGCUCCUGUAUGACCAUUGUUAUGAAGGUGGCAGGCGUUGAUUGUGAUGCUAAAGUCCUGGAUAACGAGAUAACCUGCAGGAUCCCCAAAAACAUGACCAUUCCCAGCGACGGACUGCCAGUGAAGAUCUCCAUCAACGGGCAGGUCCACAACGUUGGCACAGUGGUGAGAGUCAGCAACCACUACAUGGUGGGAAUUGUUCUGGGUAUCCUGGCGGCUCUGGUUGCCGGGGCGGUGCUGGCCUUUGUUGUCAUGAAACACUUGAGGAAGAAGAAGAAGGCUUCCAUGGUAGAGACGCGUUUGACCCACAGUGCAAACCGCUCUGGUACAAACAAUGUGGAGCUGUCGCCUAUUGGAGACUACAGAAGAGUAGUAUCCCUGAGUCCUCCCACCCCUUUGGUGGGGCCGGUGGUGUUCCCCAGCAUGGCCUAUGCUGCAGGCAGCAUAGAUCCAACCCUCACUCCCCUCAUGCCUGCAGAAAAGAUCUCCAUCUCCAGUUUUAGGCCAGAGCUGCUGGAGGAGGUGAAGGAUGUCCUUAUUCCUGCUGAGAUGCUUGUUGUGCAGCACCAUCGGAUCAUAGGGAAGGGCCAUUUUGGAACUGUCUAUCAUGGCUACUUCACAGACCCCAACAACAGAGAAAUCCACUGUGCCGUCAAGUCUUUGAAUAGAAUAACAGAUGUCGAGGAGGUGGAGCAGUUUCUGAAGGAAGGCAUCAUAAUGAAGGGUUUCCACCACAGCAACGUGUUGUCUCUGCUGGGCAUCCUACUGCCACAGGAGGGGCUCCCUCUAGUGGUGCUGCCGUACAUGAAACACGGGGACCUGAGGCACUUCAUACGCUGCGAGAAGAGGAACCCCACUGUAAAGGACCUGAUUGGCUUCGGGCUGCAGGUUGCCAAGGGGAUGGAAUAUUUGGCUCAGAAGAAGUUUGUGCACCGAGAUCUCGCUGCACGCAAUUGCAUGCUGGACGAGUCGUACACGGUGAAGGUGGCAGACUUCGGCAUGGCCAGAGAUGUUUUCGAUAAAGAGUAUUACAGUGUUCAAGACCACAGGAAGGCCAAACUGCCUGUCAAGUGGAUGGCCAUCGAGAGUCUGCAAACACAGAAGUUCACCUCCAAGUCAGAUGUGUGGUCCUUUGGAGUUCUGAUGUGGGAGAUGCUGACCAGAGGAGCCAGCCCGUACCCAGAAGUGGACCCAUAUGACAUAACACAUUACUUAAUGAAGGGCAGGAGGCUUCCCCAGCCACAGUACUGCCCUGACCCUUUGUAUAGCAUUAUGCUCCAGUGCUGGGACCCCGAUCCAGAGUUGAGGCCCAGUUUUGCUACACUGGUGUCGGCCGUCUCCACCAUCUUAUCAGGCCUGGAGGGAGAACACUACAUCAGCCUUAACGUCACCUACGUCAACCUGGACCAACCGCGACCCUACCCCGCUCUCACAGAGUCCGCUGAUGAGUACGACUCUACAGAUGUUGAAGACUCAGGAUCAAUAUCCUCCUGAUCCAACCUCUCCUACUCUCUCAACCGUAAACUGGUAUUGGUGCUAACAGCAAAAGCACACACAAAAAAACCUCUGCCGUGUCACACCAGUGUCUUUUACCUCAAAGGAUAUGAAACAGAGUUACUGCCUACUGUUUGAGUGCAUUAAAAUGAUGGUGGGAAGCUUUCAGCUGGAAUAGCCAAGAGGGUCGAACUAGACCUCACGUCUGGGGGGGUCACAAGGUCUAUGAGCCAAAAGGAAGAAAGAAGGUUGAAAAGAAUAGAAAUAUUCUUCAUUGCAGUGUGGUAAGUGUGAAAGAAAUAUUGUACUCAAGGUUUGUAGUAAAAGCACAAUCAGACUAAUGCUACACAAUAGACCACUGCAGGAGCUUACGGGCCGAAAGACUGCAAGAACCGCCUUUACAGAACCUUUUCCAAGGCUGUUUUUGAUGUAGAAAAAAGUACUUCUGAGUCGCCCUGAAACGCUGAUGUCUCAAUACUGUUUAACUCAGAGAAGACAAAUGUUGAUUGGUUAAACUUGGAGAGAACCAUAAGGAUACUUUGUUGAUGUCCUUGUUGGGUAGCAGUCUUCUCCUCUCUAGCAUCAGCAUCUUAAAUGUAAAAUUCAUCAUAUAGUCUGAGCUCGUAGAAGUUACCUUUGGAUUCGAAGCUGCUGGAUCCUACACUGUAAUGGAAACAGAAAGGCUGAAAAGGCUGAUUAUGGAUUCUUGUAAACCUUUGCGCUGACCAACACAUGUUACUGAUCAUUACUAAACAGAAAAUCACAAUACAACAAGGUAACUGAUCUUGGAAAGUACAUCAUCUACCGACAGAUGAUUAAUGUUAGUCGCAGCCCACUCCAUCUUUCCCCACAUCCUGCUGCUUCUAAAAUGCUGAUGUUAGUUAGAAAUGUCUCUAUAAAAGCCUGAAGGAGUUCUAUCAAAGUCCUGAAAGGCAAGCCUCGCCACUUAGCUGCCAUCUUGGUAACGCCCCCCCAGGCAGUUAUUUUGGGCUAACAAGACCAGGUCUAUGUUUAAAUGAAUGGGGAGAGAGUCAUUACUGCAGUUCCAAAGGUCACAUAAAAAAAACUGCAAAUGAGGAAUAAAAAACAGGAUGCGAGGGUGUAAUCGUCAGUCAGACAUCAGGGGGGGAGGAGUGCGUAAUGACAGGCUUAUCUUAAUAAAAAUGUCUUUUUUAGCUCUGAUGGAGCUCAGGGUUCAUCCAGAGAAGCUUUAGUACAAAUAAUUCCGCCGUAUAAACCUGGAAUCUGUGUGGAAUAGUUGACCUGUGUGGUGUUUAGAGGAACAUUAUUUAUUGUCAGACCCUGUGUGUUAAUGAAGUUACAGCUGCUGUGCCAUGUGUGUGUAAAGAAGCAGUGUGUGUGAUGCUGCAAGUAUUUAAUAAAGUCAAAAGAAAGACUCUGACACAUAGUCGGCUGUGGGCAACCAGGACAUGAGUAGGUGUGUUCUGCAAAAUCCAGAAUUACACUCAGUGACACCGAAAAAAAACAUGGUGAAAUUUAAACAUUAAUAUACCCUUUUAGACAUGCCUGAGCUACAUUAGUAGCUGUAUUCUGAGAUAUGUCAAUAUGUUAUGUAGUAGAUACCUGUGGGGGCGCAGCGUUACCUGGAUGUAAGCCGGAGCUUUAUUAACACUGAGCUGGGUCGCCCGGGUGACGUGUGAUUUUGAAAUACCCAAAACAAGAAACAUCACCGGUGAUGUAACUAGAUUAUGUACUGUACGUUAAAAGAAAUGUAAUAGAUGGCAAGGGACAAGUGAAACAAGAAAAAGCAGAACAAGAAUAGUUGAUUUAUGAUGUCGCACACUUCUGCUGACUGAAGACAAACGGAGGCUUUUGAACUCUCAGCAGUUUUCAUUGUGAACCAGAAAUAUGAAGAAUAUCCUGAAACACCAGAAAGUACUUUGCUCACUAUCAGAAGUAAUUUUACUGCCUAUGAUGGGCUGUUUUUAAUGUGCAACAACAUAUUCUCCCUCCAUCCAAUGUCCUGUAUGAAGUUUCUCUCCUAUGUUAGUUUUGAGAAAGUAGCUCAGCCCAAAAUGUUCAGGGAAAGGAAUCAGGGUUGGUCACAGCAGGGUGGACAUGAUAUCCAAAGCUGUAUAUUUGGGCCCAUUAGAACAUUAACUUGUCGAAUUUAGUUGCAGAAAAGAAAGUGAUGCACGCAGACUUCUUUGGAAUUGACUUGCAAAGCCUGAUGUCCCCCAGACUCGAGGUCUACAAAUGAAAACGUCUGAAAGCAAAAUCUCGGAUGGCAGCAGUUAAGCUUAAAAACAGCAUCUUAAAAGUUUAACAGACAUUUAGUUUUGUAUUUUUUCACUGGUAACAAAUAUUGUCAUGAUACAUCUAAUCGGUUGUAGUACUGGCUUGUUCCGUUUUCUUUCAUUUUAUUUUAAAAACUGAGUUUGUUCAGAUUUGCCAAAAGCAGUUGUUCAAUGAGUGAGAUUUGGUGACAAGCAAAGGCUUAAAUAGCUAACUCUCACGUUUGCUUGCUCUUUCUUGUACUACCUACAACAUGGGUAGUGUGCUGUUACAGUCCCAAAGCCUGUCUUUAUAUAUUUUUAAGGUGACAUUUUCUUUUAAUUCUUUUGCAGUGUAGUGAUUAGACUGUAUAUUUUUGGAUCAAACGUCUGUUGAACGCAAAUGUUGUGAAGGAAAUCACCUUAUUAUUGCUUGUGUUUCUGACUAAAUGUCUUUUAAGAUAGUGUAAUUAAAUAUUUAUUUGUUUAUAGAUUUGCUCUCAUGCUGUGGACUGUGAGUAAACAUGAGAAUUUAGGCAAAGUGCCAUUUGCACUUGAUUUAUGUCACACUAAUGUUUUCCUUAAUGGAUCUUAUGUACCAUUACUGUAAAGUAUUGCUGUGUACUGGACUCCUUUAUUGCAGUUCUCCACCAGAGGUCAGUAUUUUGUUACAAGUACUCUGCGUUGUCGCUAACCUAAGAUGUUCCAUGCAGCGUGGAUUCAGAAGUC